ACCAUCUACGAGAAUAGUACCGCUUCUACAGGUCACAAAUGUCAACAUAUUGUGCAUCCAUCACCGAGUAAUCGUCAUCGUAAUGAUAUUUUAAUUAUUUAUAUAGAACGCCGUGUUUUGAAGCCGCCUCUAAGUUCGCAGUCAGUGUAUAAUCAACAAGUCACAUAAUGGAUACCGAAAAAGUCGUGGAGCCCCCAAGUUUUUUAAGCACAAUAGCUACAGAGGUCUUCCAGAGCCCCUUAAACAUUGUUCUGCUCAGUCUGAUCGCUUUUCUCGUCUACCGGAUCAUCAAAAGCCGCCAGGAUGAACAGCGAACCGAGCCCGAAGAGAAACCGAUUCCCAAAAUGAAGAAAAAAGACUUCACUGUCGCUGAACUGAAGAACUACGAUGGGACCCAAGAAGAUGGUCGAGUCCUAAUGGCAGUUAAUGGCAGAGUUUAUGAUGUUACAAAGGGCAAGCGAUUCUAUGGACCUGGGGGGCCCUAUGCAGCUUUUGCUGGACGUGAUGCAUCCAGAGGUUUGGCCACUUUCAAUGUGACCGCAGGAGGAGACCAGUAUGAUGACCUGAGCGAUCUGAGUACUUUGGAAAUGGAUUCAGUGAGGGAAUGGGAAACCCAAUUCAAUGAAAAAUACGAUUAUGUUGGACGAUUGCUGAAACCCGGUGAACAACCCAACAACUAUUCCGACGAAGAAGACGAGUCGAAUACUGAAAAAUCUAAGGAUGAUUAAAUAAUUUUCAAGACAUAUACCGUUUUGUUCUUUCCCCAAAAAAGGCUGACUAUUGGAAAUUGCUAGGCGCAGUGUUUGCGACGUAAAAAUCCCACUUUAACCAAAUUUAUCAUCUUGCAACAAUUUUUUUAUAACUUUAAGAGAUUCCAAUACUGUUGCUUGAACUGCAUUUAGUUUUAAACGGUUUUUCAGGAAAUGGGAAUAUUUUGAUGAGAAUUACGUUGAAAUACGCCUUAUCAGUGUAAUUAACAACACUGCGCCUAACAAGAUUAGAUAUAAUAUGUAUCUAUACUUAUGAAAUAAUAUAUUAAAAGAUUUUGAAAAAUCCUAAUUUUAUAUAAUAUCUUGUUGGUUGUUUGUAUAUUUUAUUAAGUGUGUAUAAUGGAUCGGGUUAAUUACUUAAUUCUAGAAAUACGAGAAACCUAUUUAUCAUCAUCUCGUGAUGCGUGUGCGGUUUUUAUGUACUUUUAUGGUGUGUGAUUCUAUUCAAAUGUUUUUAAAAAACAUUCCAGAAUUAGUUGGCUGCUAUCAUAGUUGUAUGUAGAUGUUUAUUUCUUAUUAAUUUUUUAAACUUUGUUUGAUUGUUUAUCGUUUAAUAUUGGAAAUUUCAUUUUAAACAAAAUUUUAUCUGCACCGAGUUUAGUAAUUACUUGGUAGAAAAAUUCAUGUGUCGGGAAAAAGCUUCCAAUAUUCAAAAAUUGAAUUUCAAUCGAUGGCGUUUUUGUUAAUCGAAUUAAAAAUUAGUACGUUCUGAUAUCGAGGAAGCACGGGAUAAAAAGCUGAUUUUAGUAAUGUUCAUGCUUUAGUUUCAAAAAAUGUAGUUUUAAUUUUGUAAAUAAUUUGUAAAAUUCCUAUUAAUUAUAUAAAUAUCUUAAGUUGUUUGCCCAAAUCAGUGGCGCGAUAUAAAAACCUCUCUUUAGAAAGAAGGAGCGUUUUCGAAGAUCGGUUGCUUUUUCGUUAUGAAGCUAUGUAGACUUUAAAUAGGUUUUUCGUAUACAUCGGGUAUGAUCAAUUAAAGGCGAGGAACAAAAUUAUGGUAACAAUUGAACUAUCUGAAAUGUGACGAAAAUAUUUUUCUAAAGCUAUUUAAGUAUCCGUUAAGCCUUGUGUAUGUUUGUAUUUCUUUUUAUAUUGAUUUUCUAACGCAGUGGAUUUGCAGUUUUGCUUAUUAAGUUUAUAAUUACUGUUUGUUGCUUUUCGUUACAGGGAACUCGUGCAUAAUAUUAGGCAAGCAUUCAAUACCCUAAUCUAGUCGCAAUCGAGAACAUUGAUGUUAUAUUUUUUUAAUUGAAUAAUCUCGUCUUGUGGAAAUUAAGUUGCAAUAGUUUGAACUAUCAGGAAGCACAAUCGAAUUUUAGUUCAGAUGUAAAUAUCUGUGAAAUGUUUUCUUGAUUUAGUAAUUAAAUUUGUUCAUUAUGGAUUAUAGCCAUAUAUUUAGGAAUGGAUGUAGGAUUUCUAUUGCUGUCUGGCGAAGGUAAUACGAAUAAGAUUUAUGCUUAUUAUUCGCUUAAAUAAAAUCACGGAGAAAUGCUA